AUGGCUUUGAAAAAAGUCAGAGGCAACAUUGAGAGGAUGUUUGAUAAGAAUUUAACUGAUCUUGUUCGGGGCAUACGAAACAGUAAGGAAAAUGAGGCCAAAUACAUUGCACAGUGUAUGGAAGAAAUUAAACAAGAAUUACGACAAGAAAAUGUGGCAGUUAAAGCAACAGCCGUGGCCAAACUUACAUAUCUACAAAUGUUGGGCUAUGACAUAAGUUGGGCAGGGUUUAACAUCAUUGAAGUUAUGAGUUCUUCAAAGUUUACUUACAAAAGAAUUGGAUAUUUAGCAUCAUCUCAAAGUUUCCACACUGAUACGGAUUUACUUAUGUUGACAACAAAUAUGAUACGCAAGGAUCUGAAUAGUCAAAACCAAUAUGAUGCUGGUGUUGCUCUUUCUGCACUUGCUUGUUUUAUUAGUCCAGAUCUAGCAAGAGAUUUGGCAAAUGAUAUUAUGACAUUGCUAUCAUCAACAAAGCCUUAUUUGAGAAAAAAAGCUGUGCUUAUGAUGUACAAGGUAUUCCUUCGUUUCCCAGAAGCAUUGCGACCAGCUUUUCCUCGUUUAAAAGAUAAAUUGGAAGAUAUGGAUUGUGGUGUUCAAUCAGCUGCUGUGAAUGUGGUUUGCGAAUUAGCUAGAAAGAAUCCAAAAAAUUACUUGAGUUUAGCUCCAGUGUUUUUCAAAUUAAUGACAUCAUCUACCAACAACUGGAUGUUGAUCAAAAUUAUAAAACUGUUUGGUGCGCUGACUCCACUGGAACCACGGCUUGGGAAAAAACUUAUAGAACCUCUUACUAAUUUGAUUCACAGUACUUCUGCAAUGUCUUUGUUAUAUGAAUGUAUCAAUACCGUGAUUGCUGUGCUUAUCUCAAUUUCAUCUGGUAUGCCAAAUCAUAGUGCUUCCAUUCAAUUAUGUGUCCAAAAAUUAAGAAUAUUAAUUGAGGAUUCUGACCAAAACUUGAAAUACUUGGGUCUAUUAGCUAUGUCUAAAAUUCUAAAAACCCACCCUAAAUCAGUUCAAGCGCACAAAGAUUUAAUUAUGGUUUGCUUGGAUGACAAAGAUGAAUCAAUUAGACUUAGGGCAUUAGAUCUUCUUUAUGGAAUGGUUUCUAAAAAAAAUUUAAUGGAAAUAGUAAAAAAACUUAUGGUUCAUAUGGAUAAAGCAGAAGGUACAAUUUAUCGGGAUGAGUUACUUGUGAAGAUAAUUGACAUAUGCUCUCAAGAUAAUUAUCAUUUUAUCACAAGUUUUGAAUGGUAUGUCAGUGUCUUAGUUGAAUUGGCUCGAGUGGAAGGUAUGAAACAUGGUCCAUUAUUAGCGCAUCAAAUGUUAGAUGUUGCUGUCAGAGUUAAAGCUAUUAGGCCAUUUGCUGUAAGUCAAAUGACUCUACUUCUUAAUAAUGCUCAUAUGUUUAUGCAACCUUCUGGUGGUUCAAAUAUGGCUCAUGUACUUUAUGCAGCAGCUUGGAUUUGUGGAGAAUACGCCCAUGAACUAGAAAAACCCGAAGAAACUCUUUUCUCAAUGCUGACUGGUAAAGUACAUUCACUUCCUGGUCAUAUUCAGGCUGCCUAUGUUCAAAAUAUUAUGAAAGUAUUAUCUAUAAUAUUGUCUAAAGGAGAUACUCAACAUUCAAUCAAGGUGUGCAAACGAGUGUCAGAUAAAUUGGCUCAGUAUGUCUCUAGUGGAGAUCUGGAAGUUCAAGAACGUGCAAGUGCAGCGUUGCAAUUAAUAAGUUAUAUUCAAAAAGAAUUAGAAAAUGGUGAUGUUGAUGAUAUAGCUAUUCAAGUAGCUUAUCUAUUUAAUGGUGAAUUGAACCCAGUUGCACCUAAAGCGCAGCGAAAAGUUCAAGUGCCAGAAGGAUUGGAUUUGGAUGUGUGGAUCAAUGAGCCAUUGCAAAGUUCUUCAGAAAGUGAUGAUGACAAUCAGUCAGAUGACCAUAACAAUUUUUUCAAUUUAGGUGGUUUUGAUAAGAAGGAAGAAGAAGAAAACACACCUAACACUAUAGAACAAGCUGAAAAGAACAAAAAAGCUCGACUCCAAGAACAAGAAAAUAAUCCUAAUUAUUUGAAAUUAAAUUCUAGCAAUGAUCAAACUUUAGAUAUUCCUAUUACAUCCAUAGAUCUGCCUACCUCUUUAAAUGUAUCUGGUUUUAUAUCAUCUGAUAAAUACAUAAAAGCAAAGAAAUCUAAAAAGGACAAAAAAAAAUCUAAAAAAAAAAAAAAAGGGCAUAAUAAUUUUGAUGAAGAGGAAGAAGAACCUGUAAUUGAGAUGAUUGUCAAUCGAGAUAUUGGGGAAAUGCCAGAUGGAGCCGAAGAUUCCGAUGGAGUAGUAGAUGUACAAAAAGAUAUAAAUGACCCUCAUACUGCCUUAGAUAUUAACUUGGAUGUUCCUGAAAUUGAAAGUACACCACCAGUUGAAGAGAAAAAAGAAAAACACAAGAAAAAAAAAAAGGAGAAAGAGAAAAAAAAGAAAAGUGAAAAAUCUAAAAAGUCAAAAAAAUUAGAUAAAAGUGAUCAACAACUAAUUGAAAUUAAACAAGGUUAUGAAGAAGCAUUGGGAAUUUGCACUCCAUCAAAAGAAAUUGUACAAGCUGAAGAUUUGUCAUUCAGCAAAUUAGCAAUGGAUAAAUACGUACUAUUGGAGUACAAAAUAGAUCCUAAAAAUGAAUUAAUUAAUUUCGCGACUGUCUUCUUUCGUCUUACAAAUAUUGGUAACAAUUGUUUGAUUAAAAACAUUGAAAUAGAUGUGAAUAAUUCUACUGCGAUUCAAUUUUUAGAUGAAAAAAACGAAUCAUUAUCAUGGUAUAAACACAGUAAUAGCAUUCAGUGUGGUUCAUUAACGGAAUUUGAUUUAUCCCUUAGAGUAGAUAAUAUAACUAUUCCUAAUAUUCUUCGAGGUACAUUGACAUAUAUGGCACAAAUAUUUCAAGAAGACAAUUUUCAUCAAGAUAAAUUAGACUGGCGAUUAACUGUAGCGGUGUCAGAUAUGUUUCUUAAAGCUCCCCCAUCUGUACCCUUGGUUGAACUACUUUGCAAUGGCCAGCUAGUUUUCAAAUCAUCUAUAAUUUUAAGUGGCACAAAUUUCAACCAAGUUAUAAAUUGGUUUUCUACUAAAUUGCAUUUAGUGUUAGUGGAACGAGUUGGUGAAACUGCAUCAUUAUACGGUUCUACAGCAUCAAGUGAACAGCUAUGUCUCUUGGUAAAAUCUAAUUCCAACAAUGUUUCCGUUGAGGCAAAAUGUACAUCACAAACAUUAGUUGAUAAUUUAAUGAGUGAAAUAAAAUCUACUUAUAAUAUAUAAAAUUAUAUUAUAUUAUUACAAUUUUAUUUAUUAUUUGAUCGACUAAUUUAGAUAAUGAAAACAUCAAAUACUUUGAAAUUCCAGUUAACUCUCAGGUUAUUUAAAAAUUGUUAAU